CGUCAGUUGGACGUAUCUGCCGUGAACAUAAACGUUAGCGUUAGCUAGCGACAGUUGUCAAGCCGCUUCCAUUCGUCAAAUUGCGCACAUGGUUGAAUGACAGUGGCUGGCUGCUAUUAUAAAACGCUGUUGGUGUGAUGUACAUACAAGAGCCUGCGGUUGCACAGUAGUGGCAACAAUAAUCACCCAGGAGAAUGAAUGCAGAGGAGGUGGAAUUGCUCAGUGACUCCAAGUACAGGAACUAUGUGGCAGCUGUGGACAAGGCCCUUAAGAACUUUGAGUACUCCAGCGAAUGGGCAGACCUCAUCUCUGCAUUGGGCAAGCUUAACAAGGUAUUGCAAAACAAUGCAAAAUACCAAGUGGUUCCCAAGAAGCUAAUAAUAGGCAAGCGUCUUGCCCAGUGCCUCCAUCCAGCCCUCCCCAGUGGGGUCCACCGCAAGGCUUUGGAAACUUAUGAGAUCAUUUUCAAGAUAAUUGGACCCAAGAGGCUGGCCAAAGACCUCUUUCUUUAUAGCUCAGGUCUGUUCCCUUUACUCUCCAAUGCUGCUAUGUCUGUGAAACCUGUGCUGCUUGGGCUGUAUGAGACCUACUACCUGCCCUUAGGGAAGACCCUGAAACCUGGGCUCCAGGGACUGCUCACUGGGGUGCUGCCUGGUCUGGAGGAGGGCUCUGAGUACUAUGACAGGACCAACACUCUGCUGGAGAAGGUGGCGGCAGCAGUUGAGCAGUCGGCCUUCUACAGUGCACUGUGGGGCAGCAUCUUGACUAGUCCCGCUGUGCGUCUGCCCGGGGUCUCCUUCGUUCUGCUGCACCUCAAUCGCAAGCUCUCAAUGGAGGACCAGCUCUAUGUCAUGGGCAGUGACAUUGAACUCAUGGUGGAGGCAGUGAGCACUUCAGUCCAGGACUCCAGUGUGCUGGUGCAGAGGAGCACCCUUGACCUCAUCCUCUUCUGCUUCCCCUUCCACAUGAGUCAGGCUACACGUCCUGAUAUGAUCAGGAUCCUGUCAGCAGCCCUGCAUGUGGUUCUGAGGAGAGACAUGUCUCUCAACCGAAGACUCUAUGCCUGGCUCUUAGGCUUUGAUAACAAUGGCGUGAAAACAGGCCCACGCAGCACUCGUCAGAGCAACCCAGAGGAGCACGCAAGCUACUACUUCAACACCUAUUCUAAGGACAUGUUGGUCCAGGCUAUGGUGGGGAUCCUGCAGGGGAAGGCCCGUGGUGGGGAAGAGGAGAGCAUCUUGAUGCAUGACCUCAAGCCGUUUCGCAUCCUCAUCAGUCUGUUGGACAAGCCAGAGCUAGGCCCUGCAAUCCUCGAGGAUGUUCUGAUUGAGGUGUUCCGGACUCUGCACACACAGUGUCGAACAGAGCUCGAUCUGCACAACCAGAAUCCUUUUAGCAAGGAUCACACACACCUUAGCAGUAAACUCAGAGAGAACAAGAAGACGGCAGAACUAAUUAAAACGGCCAAUCUCCUGUUCAACUCUUUUGAGCCGUACUACAUGUGGGACUACAUUGCUUGUUGGUUUGAAGAAUGCUGCAGGAGGACGGUAAAUGGCCCUCAUGCACCAUGGCAUGCUGGGAGCAAAGACUCUCCAGGGCUGUCGUUGGUGGAGUUCAGUCAGCUGGUUGACUUCCUACUGGACAUAGUUUCCUUGGAAACCUAUAUAGAGAUCCAGACGGAACACCUUCCUCAGCUGCUGCUACGCAUGGUGGCUGCACUGACUUCUCACCUGCAGGCCCUGGGCCUUGGGGAGCUAACCCACUGCCUCCGUCUCUGCUCCAAGAUUCUCAGCAAAGUACAGCCCCCACUGGUGUCCCCCCUGUCGCUUCCGUCUGGGCCCCAGGCUCAAGGCCUCUCCACAUCCACCACAACCACCCCAGCUACAGCAAGGGACAAGGCUGGAGACAAGGAGGAUGAACGAUCCUGCCUAGCCACUUCAGGACUGCCCGGUCGCGGGGAGGUGUUUGAGGAUGGGGAGAACCCUUCCAGCAGCCGUUCCUCAGAAAGCGGUUUCACAGAGUUUGUCCAGUACCAGGCGGAUGGUUCAGAGGAAUCCGAGCGCACCCAACACACUCACCCCUCCCUCAAGACAAGCAGUCGACCAUCAGGUCCGCCUCAGACCAAAUCCCUCGACAAGCCUGUGAUGCAGUGCUGUCUGGAACACUUCCAACAGUUCCUCUCCCGCCUAAUCACCCUGUACAUUGUCCCCAGGCAGACAGACAGAGCCAGGGGUGAGAUAGGUGAGGUUUUGUGGACAGGGACCCCAGUUCUAAAUGGGGAUAAACAGAAUGGAUGUGUGGACCAGACAGAGCCAUGGUCAGGUCAGGUGUCAGGGCUGCAGCAAAGGGAAUGUGUACCUGCCUUCACUGCUGCCUGUCAGCUCUUUCUGGAGUGCUCCAGCUUUCCCGUCUACAUCGCUGAGGGUAACCUCAAGUCCUCACCCACACAAGAGGAGCAGAAUGACAAUGAGCAGGUGUGUCUACCAGUGUGGCUGAAGAUGCUGAUGGAUGCUUGCUGUCUGGCCAGUGACUUCAGCCUGCAGGGUGUAGCCAUUUCCCUGCUAAUGGACCUAAUGGGCCUCACCCAGUCUGUGGCCAUGGUGACCGCUGAGAGUGUGGCCUCCAAUGGCAGCUUCGAUUCAGGCCAGCCCCUAAGCCCCAGCAAGGGCCGAGUGGCUGUAGUGAUGAGGCCGCCACUCACUCAGGGAAUAUUGAAAUACAUCGCAGAUAAAACAGACUUCUUCAAGAGUGUAGCUCUGAUUCUUUGGGACCAGCUGGGUGAAGGGACACCUCAGCACCACCAGCGCAGCGUGGAGCUUUUCUACCAGCUCCACAACCUGGUGCCCUCCUCCUCCAUCUGUGAGGACGUCAUCAGCCAGCAGCUCAUGCACAGGGACAAGAGAAUUCGCCUGGAGGCCCAUGUAAAAUUCUCUGUGCUGUGGCAUUUGACAAGAGAUUUAAACAUCACCAAGUCUUCCCCUUUUAACCGAACAUUUGACAGGUCUCUCUUCAUUAUGCUAGACAGUCUGAGUUACUGGGAUCCAUCUGCCAGUGCCGUGGGCCGGGCCUGGCUGAACCAGGUUCUUCAGAGGCAUGACAUCGCUCGGGUUCUUGAGCCUCUCCUCCUGCUCCUGCUCCACCCAAAGACUCACCGGGUCUCGAUCCAGAGAGUCCAGGCGCAGCGCCACUUGGCCCAAGCCUUCUCCAACCCACCCGAUCUGGACCCAUCAGAACCCAUCUAUACCAGGGACUCUGGCUUUUCAGAAAACUUCAAUCAAAUGCAAGGGGACAGUGUCAAGUUGGGACAGCAGCAGCUGCCAUUGGGUGACAUGGAGCCCUUUUGUUUGACUGUCAACCCUUUGAGUGAUAGUCUGUCCUUUAUGAGCCUGAGCAGUGAGAACCUGCAACUGACUGGUGAAUAUCAGUCAGCUGACCAGCAGGGGGAACCCCAGAGCUCCGAGUCCAGUGGCUCCCAUUCUUCCACUGUAGACAAUGGCAGUUUUGAGGAGCCAGAUGGCACCAUCAGCACAGUCAAUGGCUCAGAACAGCCUAGGUGCUCAGAUAUCAUGCCUGUAGAUGAUCAGGACUCAAUAGAGGAAGUGGUAUCCUGUGUUCUAGCAGAGCUGAUAGACAAUGUUGUUCAUUUAGUAGAGGAGCGGGCUAUAGGAACGCCAUCUCCACCUGAAGCCUGGCCACAAACGGAUUCCGACAGCACCUCCUCAGAAACUUCUACAGGCCCUCGUCUCGACCCUGGCCCUCAUCCCAGUUUACGCCACCAAACUCUGCCGGAGAUGCUGGCAGGAAGCACGCUGGAGUUUCUUUCUGUCACCACGGCUGACAUGACUGCAGCAGAGCAGCAUAGAGAAGGCAUCACUCGUCACAGUUCAUCCCCGUCCAUUGUCACUUUACCGGACAGCUCUGGUCCCCCCACCCCAGACCACAGCCUACGUGUCGACGACCCUCAGGCCCGCAAGCGUAGCCACAGCAGCACCCAGCUCAGCCUGAGGGGCAAGAUCAUAGAGAGGCUAUCUGACAAAUCUCCCGGGACCAGGCCAAAGAUCAAGAAGACUAAGAGGAAAGAGGAGGAGAGGCUCAAGAAGGCAGCCAAUCAGGCUGAUAAGAUCCGUCCACCCAGUAUCUUCUUCGGGGACAGCCUGGACUUGGAGAAUUGGUACAGCUGUGGGGAAGGGGAAGUGUCUGAGAUCGAGAGUGAUACCGACUCGCCCAGUGGAGGCACAGGCGGGACAGUUGGGGGCGUUGUUGUCACAGGGAGACGUAGAUCAUCCUCUGCCCCAACCCAGAUUAACAUCCACCCUCUCUACCAGCAUGUCCUGCUCUACCUCCAGCUGUACGACUCAUCCCGGGCCCUGCACGCCCUGUCAGCCAUAGCAGCCAUGGUCAGGGCUGCUCCCUCAGGGUUUGUCAGUGCCAUUUCCACCACCAGUAUCAACAACACCUACACUCCACAGCUCUCCCUUCUUCAGAACCUCCUGGCCCGUCACAGGGUCUCUGUCAUGGGCAAAGACUUCUACUGCCCCAUUCCCCAGGACUCACACUCUCACUCAUUCCGCAGCGCCAUGUACCUGGAGAUUAUCAUCUCACUCUGCCUCUAUUUCCUGAGGAGCUACUACUCUGCCCAUGUGGCGGCAGGGGCUCAGGACCUGGCGGGGAAUCGAGCCAUGCAGCUGACCAGUGUGGAGGUCCUCACUCUCCUCUUCACCGAGCUGGCCAAGGUCACAGGUGGCUCAGCCAAGGGAUUCGCCAGUUUCAUCAGCGACGUGCUGUCCAAGUGCAAGGUUCAAAAGGUUGUGCUCCACUGCUUGCUUUCCUCCAUCUUCAGCGCCCAGAAGUGGCAUGAUCAGAGGGUGGCAGGGAUCAAUAUGGCUGCCGUGGAGGAGGGCCUUUCAGAGGACAGCCUCAUCAACCUGUCAGAAGACCAGAUAGACAGCUGUAGUGCUGUCCAGUCUCAGCUGCUCAGGCUCCUUCAGAGCUUGGUGGUCCUAGAACACAGAGUCCUAGUGCCGGCAGAUGAGGGAGGGGAAGGAGGGCCGGGGGGAGGCGGAGGGGCAGGGGGCGGGGGAACAGGAGGUGGGACUGGAACAGGGUUUGAGCUACUGGGUGGUGAGGUGGAGCACGUCAACCCUCAGCAGCCAAUGACAUCACUGCAGUACCUCCACGGGCAGCCUAUCACAGCACAGGGAAUGUUCCUGUGUGCAGUGAUCAGGGCAUUGCAUCAGCACCACGCGUGUAAAAUGCAUCCCCAGUGGAUUGCGCUGAUCACAGCCACCCUACCUUACAUGGCGAGAGUGCUAAGAAGGGUUGUGGCCUCAGUCACCCUGCAGCUGUGUAGAAAUCUGGACAACCUCCUCCAUCAGUACCGCUAUGAGAUGGGCAUCACUGACACCAGACCUCAGUGGAUGGCUGUCUGUAUUCCUCCUGACCUCAUUCUGACUGUGCUGGAAGGUGUGACAGCCAUCAUCCACUACUGCCUACUGGAUCCCACAUCUCAGUACCACCAGCUGCAAGUGAGUGUUGACCAGAAGCACCUAGCCGAAGCUCGUUCAGGCAUCCUGUCCAUCCUCCAUACCAUUAUGUCAUCUGUCACCCUGCUGUGGAGCAUCCUCUACCAUGCCGACGGCUCUGACAAGCCUGCUGCCGCCUCUGCUGCCUCCUCCUCCAACAUCAAUCUGGGCUCCACAAAGAAUCUCCGUCAGCAGAUUCUAGAGCUGUUGGGUCCAAUUUCCAUGAACCACGCCACUCACUUCAUGGCUGCUAUUGCCUAUGUAUGGAAUGAGCGGAAACAGGCGAAGACUCCAGUCAGGAACAAGGUGAUUCCCACAGCCAGCGAGGAGCAGCUGCUUCUGGUAGAACUUGUGCGCUCGGUCAGUGCCAUGCGGACUGAGACUGUUAUGCAGACGGUCAAAGAGGUUCUGAAGCAACCACCCUCUAUUGCAAAAGAAAAGAAACACCUGUCUUUGGAAGUCUGCAUGCUGCAGUUCUUUUACGCCUAUGUCCAGAGGAUCCCUGUUUCCAGUUUGGUUGACAGUUGGCCAUCUUUGCUAGCACUUUUAAAGGACUCCGUACAGUUAGGACUUCCCGCUCCUGGACAGUUCCUUAUACUUGGGGUGCUCAAUGAGUUCAUCUUGAAGAACCCAAAUCUGGAGAGCAAGAAAGACCAGCGGGAGCUGCAGGAUGUGACACAUAAAGUGGUGGAAGCCAUUGGGACAAUUGCAGGCUCCUCCCUGGAGCAAACCACUUGGCUGAGGAGGAAUUUAGAGGUGAAGGCCUCCCCUCAGAUUGUCAUGGAUGGAGCCAACUUGGAGGCUGAUGUAGAAGAUUUAAUGCUCACAGUGAUGGAGGCCUCCAGCUUCACUCCAUCAGUGUACAGUGUUCACGCCCUCACACUGCUGGCUGAGGUGCUGGCUCAUCUCCUGGACAUGGUGUUCUACAGUGAUGAAAAGGAGAGGGUAAUUCCAUUGCUAGUUAACAUCAUGCACUAUGUGGUGCCCUACCUCCGCAACCACAGUGCUCACAACGCCCCCAGCUACCGGGCAUGCAUCCAGCUGCUGAGCAGCCUGAGUGGGUACCAGUACACCCGUCGUGCCUGGAAGAAGGAGGCCUUUGAUCUCUUCAUGGACCAUACCUUCUUCCAGAUGGACUCCACCUGUGUCAGCUAUUGGAGAGCUAUCAUCGAUCACCUGAUGACCCAUGACAAGACCACAUUCCGAGACCUCAUGACCCGUGUGGCUGUGGCUCAGAGCAGCUCUCUCAGCCUGUUCACUAACCGAGAUGCGGAGCUGGAACAGAGGGCCAUGCUGCUCAAACGCCUUGCCUUCACCAUCUAUAGCAGCGAAGUGGACCAGUACCAGAAAUACCUGCCAGACAUACAGGAGCGCCUGGUAGAGAGUCUCCGCCUGCCUCAGGUGCCCAUCCUCCAUGCUCAAGUGUUCCUGUUCUUCAGAGUGCUCCUGCUCCGCAUGUCCCCUCAACACCUCACUUCACUGUGGCCCACCAUGAUCACUGAACUGGUUCAGGUGUUUCUACUCAUGGAACAGGAGCUAACAGCAGAUGAGGACAUAUCAAGGACAUCUGGGCCAUCAGUGGCAGGACUGGAGACCACCUACUCAGGUGGGAAUGGCUUCUCCACCUCCUACAACAGCCAGCGGUGGCUCAACCUCUACCUGUCUGCCUGCAAGCUGCUGGAUCUGGCCUUGGCACUACCUUCUGAGAGCCUACCACAGUUCCAGAUGUACCGCUGGGCCUUCAUCCCCGAGGCGUCAGACGAUUCAGGACUGGAGGUGAGGCGGCAGGGGACACACCAGAGAGAGUUCAAGCCACACGUGGUCCGACUAGCCAAGCUGCUGAGGAAACGAGCCAAGAAAAACCCAGAGGAGGACUGCUCCAGCCGCACCCUGUCCUGGGAACCAGGCCACUUGCUGCUGACCCUCUAUGUGAUCCGCAGCAUGGAACAGCUCCUGCCUUUCUUCAACCUCCUCAGCCAGGUGUUCAGCAGCAAGGCUAGCAGUCGUUCAGGUCCUGCCUACGCCAGUGCUCCCAGCGACGCCGCCUUCCCUGCUCACAAGGACAGCCACAAGCUGGAGAGCCAGAAAGUGUUCUGGAGUCGUGCCCGGCAGAACAUUGAGGAGAUGGUGGAGAAGGACUUCCUGGAGGGCCUUAUAAAGACGUAAAAAAGGGGGCUGCAAGGGGAUAAACUGGGGAUACAUAUCGUCAACACUAGUGAAAAACCUCAACUUGUAUAUAUGAAAAAAAAAAAUCUAAGGGAAUAUCAACAGGAAACUUAUACAAAACAGAAACGAGUUUGUACAUUUUUUUCUAUUUUUAAGGACAAUUUCGCUUUUCAGAAGCUAUUCUAUUUAAUUUUAAUUAUUUCUAUCGAUGGAGCAGCUUUAACAACUGACUAACAUUUUGUGUGAGUUCUUCGAGAAGAUGUGAUGACGCUGUGCCAUUCCAUAUUGAUGUGACUUAAUAAAAUAAAGACUUACAAUGAUGGGUUA